AUUGUUGCAAUCAACAAUGGAACUAAAUAACCAAAUGAGUAAAUUAUUAUUCAUUGAGCAAGUCAAUACAACUGAUACUAUCAGGUUGCGUGAUUUAUAAAAGCAUGCGACACUGUAACUUAUGCCACGCCAUUUACAAUAAUAAUUCGUAACAAUAGGACAUAAAAAUUAUCGAAAUGAAAAUUCAUCCGUCCAACGCGCUAAGGAAACGAAAAACCUGGUUUCCGGAAAAAAAUGAGAAUAUUUGUUCAUUAUUGGGAACGAGUUUACGUCAUCAGACAACUGAGUUUUUUGAAAAUUCAACUUUGCAUGGUGUUCGUUACAUUGCGGAGAAGGAGCGGCCAUUUUGUGAAAAAUUUAUGUGGUUUAGUUUCACUGCAAUAGGAGCAAUAGCAACGUGCAUUAUAAUCGUUAGUUUAUGGGAGAAAUUUCAAACAAAUCCAACAAUUACAGGUCUGGACACAGAUUUUCAUAAUUGGGAUGUACCAUUUCCAGCCGUCACUAUAUGUGAUAGGAAUGCCGUUGAUGAUGAAUUAUUACAAGAAUACAUAGAAAAAACAUGGGGAUCAGAAACGCCUCCAAACGCCGAAGAGUUUUUGCGAUGGCUUUCGACUCUCAGCUAUCGGUCCAUAGCGACUAGAGCUUUAGAAUUCACAAAGGAUGAAUCUGUAAACACAUUAGAUCCAAAAGAUGCUGUGUUUAACAUUGUGCGACACUGUGAAAAUAUUUUCUACGACUGUGAAUGGAAAGGCGACUCGGAGGAAUGUUGUGAAUUAGUGGCGCCUGUCUUCACUGAAAUGGGCUUCUGUUACGCGUUUAAUUCGAAACACGCUGAAAAAGCCUGGCCAUGGCAAGCGCAAUCCGAACAAUUCACGGAAGCUUUCAUCCACGAAACGGACGCUAAAUGGUCAUUUUUGUUUAAUUCAUUUCGCAACGAUACAAUAAUUGAUGUAUACAUACAUUCAACCGAAGAAAUGGCGGGCUUGGAACAGACAAUCCAACAUUCCUGGGACAGACGAGUUGAAAAAGUUUCGUUUUCCGUCAAACAUACAUACACAACGGAAGACGCGCGGCAGCUUUCGAUUCGUCAGCGGCGUUGUAUUUUUGCUGAUGAACAGAAAUUGGAAACGUCAAAUAUAUAUACAUAUACUGCUUGUAUGCGCCAAUGCAGGAUGCAAAGGAGUCGAUCAUUAUGCAAUUGUGUUCCCCAUUUUUACCCGCCUAUCAAAGGUUAUCGCUACUGUACUAUUAGAGAAUUGGAAUGCAUAGCAGAACACGCGACAACGAUUACCGAUGUAACACGAUGCAAUUGUGAACUCGGGUGCACUCACACUGUCUAUGAAGUGGAGAAACUUACAGCGACUGAUGCCACAACAAAUUCGUUAGAAACUGAAUUUGUAUCUUGGCCCAUGGUGCGAUAUAAGCGAGAAGUGCUGUUCGGUUGGGUCGAUUUACUAGUAUCGUUCGGUGGUAUAGCUGGUUUAUUCCUUGGGUUCUCGCUUCUAUCUGGCGUAGAGUUAAUCUACUACUUCACACUACGCGCGUGCUGUGCGCUCGUUCGCGACGCUGACACAUUACGCGAAGAACGUGCGACUCGGCUCGCUAAGCCCAAACCGCCCCAUGAUCUCAGCCUAGUGCCGUGGUGGAAACAACCACCUCCAAUUCAAACAUCAAAGCCUUUGAAGGUACAGGUGAGUAGCAUCAAGCUCCCGCGGUAUUCACCUCCACCGGGAUACACAGAAUACUUACCAUAGAUUUAUAUUGUGUGGAGGAUGUUGUUCUCUUCCGACUUAGACCAGUCUGACCAGUGACUGAUGGUCCCAUUGGGGAACGUCGAGAAGCUAAUAAACUUAGCGUUCGCAAUAAAUUUGUCAGCGCGAUUUAUUUUGUAGUAGUGAUUUGUAGGCGCAGAUUGUAACUAUGUUUGUAAACAACUAAUAUAUUUAUUUUGCUUUAAGUAUUUUUGAGAAGAGAUUUACAUACUUUAAUUACAUUGAAAUAUCUCAUUUAGAAAUGUAAUUUAGGAACACCGAACAAAUUUUACGAAACUUGUUUUAUUGGAAACGUCUAACCUAGUAAGUACACCCAAUUACUGUUUAGACAGAGAUUUGCAAUAUGUUUGAAACACAUAUACUAUAAUAAUGUAUUUAGUAUUUCCUAUAAACAAUAUUUUUUUAGUUAUACACAAAAAUUAACCAACAUUUAGCUCGUAAUUAACGGUGCACAUUAGACACAGAAUAGUAAUAAUAAUAAAAAAAAAAUUAUGGAAAGAAAAAAAGGAAUAAGGUUCAAUUUAAGCGUGUAAUGUGUGCGUGCUGUGGUAGUACCUGGCCCUGGCUCAGCAUUAUGCUGUGGAGCAGACGUGUUCUACAGCGCUGGUGAUUCUGCCAGAGAUCACAACAGUUAUUUUGCGCCUCAGACGCAAAAAAGAAAAUAAGAAGAGUAUAAAACAUAAUAAUAGUAAAAAUUAACAGUGUAAGUAAAGAAGUCUUGGAAGAUUUGUGUGUAAAGUAUAUAGUAAAUAAAAAAAUAAGAAUAAUUGUUACUUAAACUACUAUAAGAAAUAGAUAAAUAUACACAUAAAAUAUAUCUCUAAAUAUGCCUUUCUUGCACUAAUUGCACCACACUGAUAAUACAGGUAAUAGAAUCAAAGCCAAAAACUUUCGUGUAAUGUACUAAAUUACAUAAAUUGACUAUUUCCCGAAUACUCAAAAAUAUCUAAAUACAGCAUGUUUACUUAGAUGUACCAGCCUCUGUAUUUUAGCAGGAUAUUAUUUUUAUCAUCACGCCUUUUUCCCCGAACGGGUAGACAGAGACAACGGAUCUACACUUUCUACGGUCAUGACUUACCUAUCUCGCUUGAUCCGCUUUCAUGAAAUUCACGCACGCACCUCCUGGAUUUCGUCCAGGUCUACCCAACCCGAUUUCACCAUCCACGGUUGCCUUCUAUUCUACCUGUUAACCGCUUCUCAUUAACCCGUUCUAACCAAACCAUCUAAUAGUACGCGAUCCGGCUGCAGGAUUCGUGCCCUCAACGGUUAUUUACUAAAAACCAAAUUUUUAUGUAUAUGUAUAAUUAGUAGAUUACUAUCUAUCAAAAUUUGGCCGCUAGUAUUUUUAAUGAAAUUAUUUUGAAUUGAUUUUUGGGAAAACAUUUCGUUCACUUGUUAUUUACAUAAAAUAUCGUCUACGUCACGGCAAUUUACAUUAAGAUUUUAAAAAAUCACGGGUGCUGUUGCCCACCAGGCCGCACUUCUUCGUCGCCAGGUGUAAACAGGUAUGAUUUCGAUAUAUUUAUACAUUCAUAACCGAUGAGCGCACUAAUCCUGCAGCCGGAUCUUAGACCAUAAGUUUUUCGUAUCAUUUAUACGUGUUUUAAUUCUGUAGAAAAUAAAACUUCAAUUUGCUA